AUGGAUAUAGUAAAUGAAAUACUUGAAAAGGAACAAAAAAAGGCUGAGAAAUACAAACCUAUUACAGUCGAAAAGCACUUGGAUGUUGAAUAUGAUCUUGGGACCUUACUCGUUUAUGAUACCAAUGAUCUAGAUUCAAAACUUUUAGAUUCGAACAGUAACAGAGAUGAAUAUUUGCAAUCGUUGUCUCGUGACAAUACACAGUUGUUACUCAACAAAAUUUGGGAGUUGCCAACUGAACGGAUAGACGAAGCUAUUGUAGUCAGACUGCCACAACCCACAACGGUCUUACCUCGAUCCAAACCUGUUCCCAAACCAAAACCGCUCACAAAAUGGCAAGAGUUCGCUAAAGCAAAGGGUAUUACAAAACAAAAGAAAGAUAAAUUGAAAUGGGAUGAACAACUGCAGAAAUGGGUUCCUCUAUAUGGGUUCAGGAAAGCUGCAGCUGAAAAAGAAAAAGAUUGGCUCAUAGAAGUUCCUCAACACAUGGAUCCAAUGAUGGAUAUGUAUGAGAAGAAAGCUGGUGAGAAAUCAGAGAAAGUAGCUAAAAAUGAAUUGCAGAGGUUAAAAAAUAUAGCUAGGUCUAGAAAAGUGAAGAUUCCUAGAGUGGGUUUACCUAUCACAUCUGAUAAAGCUUCAGCAACACAGUUAUCUACAGCUGCGGUUGUAGCCAAAGCUUCAACAGCAUCACUCGGUAAAUUCCAAGAUAAACUGCCUAAAGAACAGGAAGCGAGGGGGAAGGGAGUACAUGAGUUGAUUCCUGGCAAGGAGAGGAAACGUAGAGCUCCGGUGCCCACACCACAAGUUGAAAAACAAAAUAAUUUGAACCUUAUAGACAAAAUACUGAGCAAGAGACCUAAAAUUGAUAUGGAGAAAGCAGUCUCACAACAUAUACAUAAAGAACAAACACAGAGAUCAGAGGAAAAGAAGAGCAUGAAACCAGCCAAGGGUAAACGUAAAGUAAAAGGUAACAAUGCAACAAACUUCUCAGCAAAGAAACCCAAAGCUGGUAAAGGACAACGGAACAUGAAUAAAAAGACGCCCGGCCGUAAACGAAGAUAG